CCUUCGAGCUUCACGGACUCCAUUUUGUGAGAGCAGCCGGAGCAGAGCCGAGACUCCCCGCGACCAGACCCGAGAAACACAGACACAACAGUCACAGUCAGCCGACCAACCGCUCGCUAACCAAGUUAUCAUACGAAAGGAAAGCAAAUCUUAUCGUAUGUCCGGUAUCCAGAACCUCCAAACUUUUGACCCCUUUGCUGAUGCAACUAAGGGUGAUGACCGCCUCCCAGCCGGGACAGACGACUACAUCCACAUAAGAAUCCAACAGCGGAACGGCAGGAAGACCCUCACCACUGUCCAGGGCAUUGCCGCCGACUAUGACAAGAAGAAGCUAGUCAAGGCCUUCAAAAAGAGGUUUGCUUGCAAUGGGACAGUGAUCGAGCACCCAGAGUAUGGUGAAGUGAUCCAGCUUCAGGGAGACCAGCGUAAGAAUAUCUGCCACUUCAUCAUGGAGAUUGACCUGGCCAAGGAGGAGCAGCUCAAAGUCCACGGCUUCUAGAAGCUGCUAGCAGCCCUCUCCCCCUUCUCUCCUUGAAGGCCAUUAAACUCCCCUCACCCCUCCUCCCCCCUCCUCCUAUGUGCUGCUGUUGCUCUUCCUCUCCCCCUUCGCAGCCCCACCAGCUCCUAUUAGCUAACGCGUGAAUUACCUCUGACAAACAUGGGACUCUGUAACACCAUCACCCCCCGCCGACACCAGGGGGCAGGCUCGCUCUCACAAAGACGCACCACUGCAGCUCCACACAACAUCAGGGAUGAGUGGUGAUGACCCCCCACACACUUCCUCCUUCCUUUCCCCCUCCUCGUUUAUUUCCUUUUUUAAUUUUUUCUUUUUAGGUUUGUGUGCCACGAGGCACCGUUUCGUGUAACUUUUUGUUUUGUACUUCAAGGUAUUUCAAUAAAACGAUGAGUGUCCAUAUGUUGGAGUGGAGUGGUGUCAUGGGGAAUGGGGGUGGGGGCUGGGUGUGUACAAAAAGGUUUCUGUGGGUAACUUUACAAUAACAAAGGCUGCAGGUGGGCCGAGUGGAAAGGGAUUUCUGUCGAGGCAUUUGCUGCAGAAAUUGGAUUGUGUAGUUUGCCGACAGACUUCCCUCUUUCAGUCUGCUUCAGUAUCCCACGCUGCAUUGUUUACAUGCCCAGCUUCCUGCGUGUAACGUUCUGACCACCUCCACCUGUCCAGCACAUUUGGGUUUCUUUGCUCUUAUUGAAUGGCACAUUUUUCUAAAUUGUUUUCUCUUUGGUUGAUGCCAAUUUAAGUAUUACAGCUCGGCGGGCGUCAGUGGUGGUCUUUGGUCAAAGUGAGGCCUGUAAUGUGGCCCGUGGUUAUGGACACUUGAAUCUUUAAUUUACAGUACUAUAAUGCAAUAAUUUAUAAACGUGCGUUUAAAAUGUAGUGAUGCUGAAGUAAUACAGUAACGAUCAAAGCCAUGGCCAGGUCAUACUGUGCUCCUGACUGAAGGUGAUGGAGAGCAAGCCUGUUUUGCAAAAUCCACAUUUGGUUCAAUAAAAUUUCUGUAGUUCA